AGACGGUCCGCCCUUCCUGCGAUAGGAAACUCGCAUUGACGUAAAGAAACCAGAGCGGACUGAGCCCAGCGUUAAUUAACCGCUUUAAUAUCACUGUUUUACUGAAACUCGGCGUCCUUUCACACGAAAUCACCCGCGUUUAGUGACGCUUGGGCGGACGGGAAAGCACAGCGAACGAGAACGACAGCCGAGAGGGAAACAAGCAGUGUGUAACCCGGGUUUUGGCAUGGCUGAUCUGCUGAGACUGCUGCUCCGGGUGGCUGAGAAAGCGGCUAACGUGGCUCGGGUCUGCAGGCAGGAGGCUCCCCUCUUUCAGCUCCUCGUGCAAGAGAAGACUGGCGAGGACAAGAACAAGAAGUUCGUCCAGGACUUCAAGACGCUCGCCGACGUGGUGAUCCAAGAGAUGAUCCGGCAUGACGUUGGUGCUCAGUUCCCUGAAAUGGCUGGCUUCAUUCAUGGAGAAGAGUCCAACAAGUUUGAGAACGGGCUUGGAGAGAGUGUGACUGUCACAGUGUGCGGCACAGAGGAGGAGACUGCGACGCUGCUGGCCUCGGUGCUGGACAGCGACCACACGGCGGCGUCUCUGCUGGCUCGAGCCAUCCACCAAGACCCAGAGACCAUCGACACCCACACAGACGGCCUGACGGUGCCCCUCCGCCCCUCUGAGCUCGGCAUCUGGAUCGACCCCAUAGAUGCGACCAGCCAGUACAUCGAGGGCCGAGAGGAGGUGCUGGAGGAGGGCCACCUGUUUCCCUCAGGUCUGCACUGUGCUUUGGUCCUCAUCGGGGUUUAUCUCCGCAGCACAGGUGAGCCCGUCAUGGGCGUCAUCAACCAGCCGUUCAACCAUAAAGAUCCAGCAGGAGGAGGCUGGAGGGGGAAGCAUUUCUGGGGCGUGUCCUGUGGCGGCGUCAGCUCCUGCUCAGAGUCCCGGCCAAAAGAUGGACCUGGAGGUGGGCUGUCUGUGGUGCUGAGCUCCAGUGAGAAGCAGGUGGUGAAGGAAGCCCUGACCUCACUGUGCGGCCCUGACAAGCUGAUGUACGCCUCUGGAGCCGGCUACAAGAUCCUGUGCGUCAUUCAGGGCUUGGCUGAUGUUUACGUCCUCUCAGAGGGAAGCACCUUUAAGUGGGACUCCUGCGCUCCUCACGCCCUGCUCCGAGCCCUCGGCGGGGGAGUGGUGGACCUGGCCAAGUGUCUACAGUCCAGCUCUGGAGCACAGGAUCACCACACAGAACUGACCUACCAUCAGCCUAACACCGAGUGUAAAGGAGCAGACCGCUGGGCUAACCAUGGCGGCCUGGUGGCUUAUCGAGACUGUUCUCAGCUCCGCAGCGUCAUGGCAGCUCUGAAAGGCAAGCUGUAGUUGACAGAGCAGAGGAAGUAAUCAGCACAAGCUGAAGCAAUCAUGAUUCAUGUUUUCUGUAUUAGUAGAGAGGGAAGGAUGUGGGUCCAGGAUGAAGUAUUUUAAUUAUAAAUAAUACUGACUUAUUUUAAUCAGAUAUAUUUGAUAUGUUUGCAAGUGUGUAUAUUACAAGAUGAACAUCUGGUCUGGGCCAAAUAAUAUUUUCAAAUACUGUUUGGUCUUGGUAUGGAGAUCAAGGAGGUGUAUGAUUAGAGGUAAAAACAUGCAGCUAAAUAAGACUUGAAUAGGGCUGCAACAAUUAUUUUCAUUGUCAAUCUGGUGAUUAAUCGAUUAGUUGUUUGGUCUAUGAAAAGCCCAAGAUGAGGACCUCAAAUGUCAUGUUUUCUCCACAACCCAUUCAGUUUACUGUCAUAGAGGAGUAAAAAAACUAGAAAGCUGGAAUCAGAGAACUUUUUUUUCACAUAGGUUGACGCUGUAGACAGAAGAAAGUUGUUGUUUUUUACACUCAGUUUUGCUUUUGACUUCUACGAGUGACAAGUUGUCGAUCAGUGGCGACCCGAUAUGUUGCCAUCCUCCUUGCAGCUACAACAAACCAAGCAAUAUUUGUGAAUUUUGUUCAGCUCAGACCUGAUAAUCAUUUAUAAAACAUUGCAAAGCUUUGUAACAGUUUGUCUACAUGUUGCAUAAAGAACAGGAAAAGAAAGAGUGCUCACUGCUGGACAGCUGAGGGACGCUUCACUGCCAAAGGAAGGCUAAUGUGGCAUCACGAGACUGCUUCUGACAGAUCUGAAGGAUUUUUCUUGGAGUCUAAAUUGCAGUCAUGAAAAGUGAUUUUACAAAUUUUCCAUCCUAUCUAACCUGUAAAAGACUAUAAUAAGUCAAGUGAGUGAAUGAGACUCAAAUGAGGCAGUGUGCAGGAAUCUGCACCUCUGAAACAGCUCCUUUUAAGGAGCAGAGGGAUUGACAUGCCCUGCCCUCUUUCCAUGGCUUCAGCACCAUUAGUUAACAAGGUCAGAGAAUGGAGAAGCCAUAUCAGGUAAAAUAGUGACACGGAGACCUUUUCGGGUUGGGUUUGCAGUAAAAUGAAAUACUAAGCCAAUGUGAAGGAUGGGACCUAUGCAGGCUAAAGGGCUCCUCUGAAGGACUGAAACAGACUCUUAUCAAGAUGUUUGUAACCUUACUUUCAUUGUCAGUGUAUAUGUUAAAAUGACCUUGAUAUGCAUUGUUAACUGACAAAUCAUUUGUUUGUAUACUAAGCACAAAACAGAACAACAAUGUGCAUAUAGGAAAUCAUCUUUAUUUUGAAAAUCAGAGAAAGCAGGGGGAAGAAACCCAACAGUGAUAUUUUAAAACUGUUUGCCAGCCAGGGAACUCGCAUCAUAAUUCCCUACAAAAAACCCUGAUGAUUGUCAGAUAUUUUUUGCAAUACUUCUGCAUAUUGUUAAGAAUUUGAAAAGAAACAAACAAAAAAAAAAAAACCGUGUUG